AUGUCUCAGCUAUAUGAAGAAAGGGACCUCUGGAGAAAAGCCACCUAUAGUCUUGCAGUCAAGAUAAUAAAGAUAAAUAAACUUCAUCUGGUCAGACGGCUACAUAUUAGUGAGCACACCUGGGCCAAGACUGCAGAUCAUUUCACUGUUUUCCUAACAGCAAAGGACUUUGAGGAUGUUUCUCACAUCAUGGAAUUGACUGACCAGUGGAAAGAUAAACUGACCAACUUCAUGAAGAACCUCAGAGAGGCUGAAAGCAAACAGCGCGAGACUAUCGAAUCUGUCCGUGCUAACGUUGUCAAGUGGCACAAGUUUUAUGAAGACAAAUCAAGGCAGCCUAAUAUGAAUGUUGACAAGUCUCAAGAUGAGCUGUCCCAAGACCUGAAGCAAUGGUCAAAGGUGUUGACACAGCAGUGUGAGCGAUAUGGAGGAGAGGACCUAGUGUCUGGUCAGGAAACACUUGAAAUGCUAACAAACCUACAAGAGUCCUGGAUUGAGGUUUGUCUCCAGCUCUUUAGGAGACACCCUGGUUCAGAUGGAGGGCCACCUAAAGGCCAGGAGGCCAUGAGGGAGCUGGCAAAGGUCAUUACAGAGCUCCAGAACCAACUGGGAAUCCGUAUUAGUGGAGAAAGUGGGAUCCAUGCGACACUAAUGUUGCUUAUUGAAAAUAUGGAGUUCUGGUCAAGAAGAUUAAAGUCCUUGAGUGGACUUCCAGAGGAGCAGUCUUUGGGUGAUUGCCUCAAGUUGGAGGAAACUCUUGGCAACUUGAUGAAUCUGUCUAAGGAGGCUCUCCAACUAGUGAACAGCACACAGUCAGAACGGGACAGGGCUAAAAAGAAACCCCACACCAAGAUUGAAAUGGAUGAUGUCUUAAAGGCAAUGAAGGAAUUCCGGUUCUCUCAAGAGAACUUUUUCAACUGUGAAAAUAUGAGGCUUCAUGAGGAGGUAACUUCUCUUCACACCAAGUUGAUUCGGUGGAUGGUGGACCUUCUGCUACUGAUGGUGCCAGUCCAAGGACCGAAUCUUCCAAUGCCUGAAUUGAACGCCACUGUGGACGUGUCUGUUGAGAAGCUGGAGGAGGAUGCCAGGAACCUCUCUGGGAAACUUGACUACUUCUCCAAGUACAUCACAAGCUCUUGUCAGGCUAUUGUGGAGGAGGCAAUCCGGAAGAGCUCAACUCGGGAUGACACAGAGAAUGAGCUCUACCAACUUGCUCAACUUCAGAAAAGGUGUGGCGAGUGGGUGGAGACCUGUCGAAUACUACUGUCAGAUGUGAAGGGAAGCCCUGUGGACCUGCAGCUGUCUGGAAAAACUUCGCCACAGCCUCUCGAGCAACAACCAGAGGAACCUACCAAAGAAGAUGAAGAGGAACCCUUGACCAUAAAAGACACCACUGGGCCUUAUUCUUUCCAAAGUGCUGAUGAAUAUGGGGAAGAAAAGGCCAGCAGACAUGACAAAGAUGGCUCAGUCAUGAAGCUAAUUGGUUAUGAUGGCAGUAUCACUGAGAAGAACUUAGGAGUGGACACUGUCCAACUUACAGGGACUGAAGAACUUGUGGUAUCCCCUCACACUGAAAAUGCCAAGGAAGCCUUCAAUGCAUUAGAAACAGUGAGAACUCUUCAGCAAGAGCUUCUGGAUGUAGAGACGCGAGCUAUCAGCGCAGAGGUACGAGCGCUAAAGGCAGAGGAAGACCUACAGGUAGCUCUGGACAAGAUACAAGAUCUGGAGAGGCAGCUACAGGCUCGGCCCAGUGUGGAGACCAAGUCGAGCAAGAAGAACAUUGCACCCGCACACAAGGCCCCCAGCACCCCUUCUGAAGCUAAAACGAGAAGUCAGAAACCUGAAGCCAGCCCCAAACUGUCCAGAGGCACCAAAAAACACUAAAUGGGAAUAAACACCAUACUGGAGCUCAUGUGGGGCAAAAUAAUAAAGUAUA